AUGAAUAGCAUGCCCGACUAUACGCUCUUCUGCACUAAUGCUGAGCAGCAGGCACUCCAGCAGCUGGUGAAGACUGCAGACAGAAUCCUUUUGACCACUCUCCCAGACAUCAGCACCAUCGACACCACUCGCUGCCGCUGGAGAGGAGACCAGUACCAUUCAGCUUAUCGCCUGUUCCACCUGCUGCCCUCAGAAAGAACGCAAAAAGUCUAUCCAGGCCAGGACAUCUGA